GACGAAGAUAUAUGGUACCCGGACGGUGACGUUGUUCUCGAGGCACAGGGACACGUCUUCAAAGUAUAUCAAGGACUACUUGCUCUCAACUCUGACGUUUUUCGUGACUUGUUUGCGAUCGCUCAACCGAAGGCUGUGGAGACGAUUGACGGAUGUCCUGUCGUCCAUCUUCAUGACCAUCCCAUAGAACUCCGUCAUCUCCUCCAAGUACUUUUUGAAUACUAUCCCUCCGACGAACAACUCGAGUUUGCGGUCGUUGCUGCCCUCAUCCGACUGUCUCACAAAUACCAGAUCGAAUGGGUGUGCGAUGCCUACCUUUCGAGGAUGAAGUCGUGUUUCUGUACCGACUUCAAGACAUGGAUCGCAGUAUACAAGAACUCCGGCAAUUCCUCGAUGUACUUUUGCGGCACAGAUGCCAUCCAAGCAGUCAAUAUCGCGCGGCUUACCGGAACCGACUCCAUGCUGCCCAGCGCCCUAUUUAUCUGCUGCCAGCUCGAUCCUUAUGAUUUACUACACGGCUCCCCUCGGCCCGACGGUACCCUCGAACGUCUGCGCUCGCGAGAUAUCGUGCAUUGUAUCAAUGCU